GAGCAGAGCGACACUUUUUUUUGCCAGAUUCUUUCGUUUCGCAAAAACGCGUCCAAUGAAUGUAAUUUCAUCAAAAUCGAAGUGGAGGGGAGUGUUCUAAACAAUUACCGAGCAUAUUAUGUAUUUACAUACCUACAUGAAUAAACAAACGGGGCGAAUUACGCGUUCUGGUACGAAAAGUGAUCUCUUCUCGUCGAUCCUUUGUCAUAAUGUUAAAGCUGAACAAAUUUGUGGCUAAGAUUAUUCGUGGCUUCGUGCAAUGUGCAUGUGUGACAUAUUGCGUGUACGAGUAUGUGGGCGAUAUUGUCGUGUGCAGUGGUCCAUCCAUGGAGCCCACUUUGUACACUAAUGACGUCUUGCUUCUGGAACGAAUAUCAGUUAGAUUGCAAAGGCUUAAGAAGGGGGACAUUGUCAUUUCCAAAUGUCCCAAUAAUCCGGAGCAGAAUAUAUGCAAGCGAAUCAUAGGCCUGUCUGGCGACAAAAUAAGGAAUGGCUUCAUCAUAACUACGAUACCUUAUGGACACGUUUGGCUGGAAGGUGACAAUAGAAAUAAUUCUACAGAUUCACGAGUAUAUGGACCAGUACCUCAUGGAUUGUUACGUGGACGAGCUUUAUGUAAAAUACUUCCUUUGAGAGAUAUAACUAUGUUUACAACCAAAUAUGCAACUUAAAUUAUUUUUUAUAUAUAAGAUAUUUGUAUUA